AGUUUUCGUUUUCCGUUAGUGCAGCAUUUAUCCUCGACGACGUUGGUUGGUUUCGCCUUCGCCCUCUGUCAUUGUCACUGUCGCUGUCGCCGUCGCUGUCGUUGUUGCUCUGCCCGCACAGAGUCUCUCUGCCGUCGAAGUCGCGUCGCCUUGUAUACGCCUGCUUGCUGGUUCCAGUUCCAGUGCCAGUGCCAACUUACCUGAGCAUAUAGCUCAAAUAAAAAACUUAAACAAGCAGGAGAGGCGAGAAGAAGCCCGGGGAAGACGAAGAAGAAGCAGAGUCAGGGCCAACAGCCACAGCAUGUUGUUAACAACCGCCCCAACGCCUCCCAACAAACAAAGUGCCAGCCCGGGACUAACCAAUAAGUAAACCAACAACAGCAACAACAAAAAUACGAGAAAAAAUACGAAAAUACCGAAACUAAACGACGCGCAGCAGCUUCAAAACAUACACACACAUACACUUUAAUACACAUAGUCAAAGUUACAGUUGCAGCUCGAGUGCAUUUAACAACAACAACAACAACAACAACGAGAACAAGAACAACAGCUGCUGCUGCUUCACUAAGUGCAGUCGACGUCGACGUCGCUGUCGUCACACUCGUCGCAUAUUAUGAACAGCACUUGAUACAAAAAUAAACAAACACAAAAUCAAUCAAUUAAUCAAUCUGUGAACGCCCCUACGGAGCCUACGCUAACGCCCACGCCCACGCUCACGCCCAACAACAACAAAAACAACAACAACAUCAGCAACAACAAGAGAAGGAGGAAGAGGACAACAAAGAAGCAGCAGAAUGUUUCAGUCAUUUGGCAUAGUCAUCAUAGUCAGUGCGCUGCUCGUUGCUGCUGCCCAAGCGACAGCGGAGCAACAGUAUGCGAAUUCGAAUGCAGACGCUGCCGCCGAACUGCAGGCGACGAGUCAGGACACAGCAGCGACGCCGCUCGGCAAGCAGUUAACCAGAUGCCGCCAAAGCUGCUAUCAGCAGUUUGCGAGGGAUCGGCAUGAUUGCACGGAUUUCGUUGAUUGCAGAAAUUGCCGUCAAAACUGCCAACGGCAAUUGGCGCCCUUUGAACUGCGUGUCCAUCACGCCCAACGACAAGGCGCCUUGGUGCUGACGGACAUCGGCUGGGAUGAGUUGAUUGCGAACGCAUCGCGUCAAUGCCUGAUCACCUGGGAGGUAUCCGGUGGCGGCCUCAUGGGCAACCUGCUAACGGAUACGGCACGCGCCGAGCUAUCACUCUGGCCGGAUACGGUCUACAACAUACAGGUCACCUGCAAGCAUAAGCUAACGGGUAUAAUGCGUCGCUCUCUCAAGCUGAAUGUGGAUACACAUCAGUUGCUGUCAACGUCACCGACGUCAGCAACGACAAUCGCCAAUCGCCGGACAACUGCAAGUCGCGUCGUGUCCAUGUCAGCGACAUCAGCAGCAUCAACAACAACAACAGCAACAGCAGCAAUCACAAAAGGAGCUGCAACAGUUGCUGCUGCUGGGAUUGCUGGUGUAACCACAGUGCAACAGCAGCAUCAGCAGCAACAACAACAGCAGCAGCAGCAGCCACAACGUGUUCGUCCCACGGACCGUGUGUAUAUCAUCAGUGCGUUGCCAACGGCCAGCCAAUUGAGCGGCGUUGUGUAUCCGGCAUUUGGUGCGUUGGCCUUCUUUCUGGCCCUGCUGGUCAUGUUCCUGUUUCUGCGUCCGCAACGCAAGCGAACAACCGAUGCCGAUGCGGACACCGCAUCGCUGCUAAGCGGCGGACGUCGUUCCUCCUGCAGCGCAUCAUCGUCACGACUCUCCAUGGACAACAAUUCCACGUUGCAUGUGUAAGAGCAAAAAACUGUAGUGAAAACAAAAACCAAAACAAACAAAAAACAAAACUCCCACACUUCCAAAACAAUUGCAGCAACUGCAAAACAAAUGAAAAGAAAAAUACAACAAUACAGAAAAACAAAAACACCAAACUAUCAGAAUGUAGAAGAAAAAGUAAAAGAAGGAGAACAAAAUCAAUCCGAACUAAAAACAAAAAAAAAAAAAAAAAACAAAGAAAAAAUUAAAUGAGAACUUGUAGUCGUAUAUGUCUGACUAUGUGAUAUUCUGCACCCAAAUUGUACAUAACACACACACACAUACAAACACAUCACACAUACACUCAUAUACACAUUCACACACACACACACACACACAUGCGCUGAAGCAACAUGCAUAAAAAUAAAACUGUUCCCAGGCCAAGUUUUGUGUAGCAUACUUUGCGGCAUCUGGGAACAGCUCAAGAAAUGAAAAUAUCUCACAUCCAAGUCCAAAAAACAAUUUAAGUGGAAAAAUCAACAAAAAUCGCAAAAAAAAAACAAACAAACAAAUUUGUUCGCUCAAAUCAUAUGUUUAAGUUUUACCUUUUUAGCGUAUAGGCCAAAAAAUGAAAGUCGAAGUAGGAGGAAAAUGAAAACAGUCAUACAAAUUAUAAGUAUAUUAUUAUUAUUAUUAUUAUUACAAUUAUUAUUAUGAUUAUUAUGAACUAUUAUACAAUUACGCCUAUAUACAUACAUAACAUACUAUAUCAUAGAAUUAUACAUCAUAUUGCAUAUAUAUAUACAUUUAUAUAUAUCAAAUAUAUAUACAGACAAGUAUUUAGAGUAUUAUCGAGGGGCUUCGGCCAACAACUACAUACACCAAACUAAAUGCAACAAAUUGCUACAAAUUUUAUGCAACAAACAAAACAAAAAAAAAACCUAACAAACAAAACAAAAACAACAAUUUUUUUCUCGUCGCGUCGCUUUUUCAAUAUACAUCUACAUAUAUAUAAAUAUAUAUAUACAUAUAUAUUACAAAUCUUAAAGAUCGCAUGUCGUUUAUAAUUCGUCGUCUUUAACAAACAAAAAAAAAAACAAAAUAAUGACUUAAAUUAAUUCCGAAAAAAUCGCAAAAAAAAAGACAAAAAACUAAAAUCAAAAUGAAAUAUUUUUCAAAAAUUUUAAAUGUUUAUACUUAGCUAAAAACCAAAAACAAAAAGAAAAAAAUAAUGAAAUGCAUUGAAAAAUCGUAAACUACAUAAACAUACAGUACAUACAACAAACAUUAACAUUACAUUAAGAACCGCGUUCCGAGUUCCACAAUCGCAAGCGAAAUGUUUUCUCAAUUAUGUUAGUUGUAAUGAUUUCGAAGCAUUGCGUGGCAAGUGGGCAACAACCGGCUUUUUGAUGAAUAAAACAAAACAAAACUAAAACCGUAAAGUGAAAUACAAAACAAAUACAAUUAUGUACAACUUAAAGACAACAACAAAUAACAAAAACAAACAAGUUUACUAAGAGGAAUAUUGAAAAGCUUCGCUACGCAAAAUGCCUGUAAAUAUUUAAGCGUCAAAAUAGCAUAAGGAAAGUUUGUUGGAUUGUUUUUUUUUUGUAAUUUUUUGGUAACAAAAUAUGAAAAUAACAUAAUUCGAAAAUCGUCAAAAUCGUAUUCAAGAAAGUAAAGAAAAAAAAAACAAGCUCUUUUCCAGGUCAAAGUAUCCUCUACAUAAGUAUUAAGAUUAAGUGCCAGAAGAAUACAAAUACACACAGAAACACACACACACACAAACUGCAAAUGAGGCUAAAACUUUCUAUCUGUUUGUCUGAUACCAUAAACACAAACACUCACACACAAACACACUCACACCUCCAUAGACAGAUACAUUAAUGAUAAUCAUCUACAAAUCCGUAGCAUAUAUAAUACCUAAGAAAUCGGACCAACUUCGUGUUGAUUUUUGUUUCUCGUUAUUCAGUUCUCAUCCAACUUUUCAAUGACUUUCUUUUUAUGUAAUUGACUGAGAAAUUCACACAUACGUAUUUAGGAAUAUUCAUACUCGUAAUACUCAGUAAUUUCCAUAUAGGCGGCCAAAUAUUACCACAAACAAAAAAAAAAGAAAUUAACUUAAAGCUCAAUACGCUCAACUAUAAAACAUUAUAAUAGAUAGGUAUGGUACUGCAAUAGAUCAACAUAGAGACUAGAUAAACAAUAAUGAAAUGAAUUAACAUAAAAUCCACAUUCAAACCAACAAACAAACAAACAAACAUGCGUUCACACACACACACAUACACACACACACACACACACAUACACACAAAAUACAUUACAAUGUAGCCAACGGUAGUUAGAGAAAAAUAUCCAAAAAUAAAAAAAGAAAAAACUAAAAAUGAUAAAAUAAAAUAAACUUUGGAGUGCCGAAGUUGUAAUACCCUUGCAACAACAACAACAAAA